AUUUUGAUGAUCAGACUUUUUAGUAAAUACGGUGCUUCUUCAUCAAAAAUGGUGACAUUCUAUUUUAAAAAUAAAGAUAAUUCCCUAACAAAAGUAACAUCACCAAUUGGAUAGAAUUUAUUAUAAAUCGCACAUAAAAACGAAGUUGAUUUAGAAGGGGCAUGUGAAUAAUCACUAGCAUGUUCAACUUGUCAUGUUAUCUUACCAAGUAAUAAACAUGAAUUUGAUAUAGAAUAAUUGUAUGAUAAAUUGCCAUAGCCUGUACCUGAAGAAGAAGAUCUCUUGGAUCUAGCAUAUGGAUUGACAGAAACAUCGAGACUGGGAUGUUAAGUAAAGGUUGACGAGAAAUUUGAGAAUGUUAUAAUAUAAUUACCAAAAGCUACAAGGAAUUUCUAUGUUGAUGGUCACAAACCUAAGCCUCAUUGA